AACAAAAAGGUAAUUCACAGCAGCAGCUGUAGCUGGGGCAGUUUCUUCUUGAGCUGUGUUUCCCCCCACACAUACACACUUGUGCCUGCUCCCACUCUGCCCACCAAGAUGGGAGCCAGACAAAGCUUUGCCAAGUUCUUCCAGGAUGGGUCCUCCUUCCUCCAUCUGGGUCGGAAAUACCAGUCCCUGGGCAGCAAGGAGACCGGAGACCAGUCAGAAGAUGAAUCUGAACUGAAGUCACUUCAUCAAGAGAAAGAAAUUGAGGCCAUUCCACCCAAAACAGCUUGCCAAUGUCAAGUAGAAGAGCUGGCCAAAACCUUGCAGGUUGACUUAGACAAAGGACUCUCAGAAUUCUCAGUGCUGCAACGCAGAAUCAAACAUGGUUGGAAUGAACUUGUGGCAGAUAAUACUGAACCAGUGUGGAAGAAAUACCUUGACCAGUUUAAGAACCCUUUGAUCCUUUUGCUGCUGGCUUCUGCAGUGGUUAGUCUGAUUACUAAAGAGUACGAAGAUGCCGUGAGUAUCACAAUGGCUGUCGUUAUUGUUGUCACCGUGGCUUUUGUCCAGGAGUAUCGCUCUGAAAAAUCGCUGGAAGAACUUAACAAGUUAGUUCCACCAGAGUGCAACUGCCUGAGAGAAGGAAAAAUGCAACACCUUCUUGCUCGAGAACUUGUGCCAGGAGACAUUGUCUGUCUUUCCAUCGGUGAUCGCAUCCCUGCAGACAUAAGACUCGUAGAGGUGAUAGACCUUCUGGUGGAUGAGUCCAGCUUGACUGGUGAAGUGGAACCUUGCAGUAAGAAUGAUGGCAUCUUAGCCACUUCGGGAGACAUAACAGCCCUCACCAAUGUGGUCUUCAUGGGAACCCUUGUGAGAUAUGGCAAGGCUAAAGGGAUUGUUAUUGGAACCGGUGAAAACUCACAGUUUGGGGAGGUCUUCAAAAUGAUGCAAGAAGAAGAGACUCCAAAGACACCUUUGCAGAGAAACAUGGAUAAAUUGGGAAAACAACUUACUAUUGCUUCCUUUGGGAUCAUUGGUUUACUCAUGCUGAUUGGCUGGCUGCAAGGGAAACAUCUCCUUGACAUGUUCACCAUUGGAGUGAGCUUGGCGGUGGCUGCCAUCCCUGAAGGCCUGCCCAUCGUAGUCACGGUGACGCUAGUAUUGGGUGUCUUGAGAAUGGCCAAGAAACAAGUCAUCGUGAAGAAGUUGCCCAUAGUGGAAACUCUAGGCUGUUGCAACGUGAUCUGUUCUGAUAAGACCGGAACUCUGACUACGAACGAGAUGACCGUGAUUCAGCUUGUGACCUCUGAUGGAUUUAAGGCAGAGGUGAGUGGAGUUGGAUAUAACAGAGAAGGAAAUGUUUGCCUUUUACCAUCUAAAGAAGUCAUCAAAGGAUUUUCAAACAUCUCAGUGGGAAAACUUGUGGAGGCUGGUUGUGUGGCCAACAAUGCAGUGAUCAGAAAGGCAGCGGUGAUGGGACAACCCACGGAAGGAGCCCUCCUUGCCUUGGCUAUGAAGAUGGACCUGGAUGAUACAAACGAUACUUACUUGCGGACAAAAGAGAUUCCCUUUAGCUCAGAACAAAAAUGGAUGGCUGUGAAGUGUGCUUUGAAAAAUCAGGAUCAAGAAGACAUCUACUUCAUGAAGGGGGCCUUUAAAGAAGUGAUGCAGCAUUGCACCAUGUUCAACCAUGGGGGGAUUGCUCUGCCCUUGACUCCCCAACAGAAAGCUUCCUACGCCCAAGAAGAAAAGGCCAUGGGUUCCCUUGGCUUGCGAGUGCUUGCCCUGGCUUCUGGCCCAGAACUUGGCAGAUUAACGUUUCUGGGUCUAGUCGGAAUCAUUGAUCCUCCACGAGAAGGCGUCAAAGAAGCCGUUGAAGUGCUCAACGACUCAGGUGUAGCUGUGAAAAUGAUAACUGGAGAUGCCUUUGAAACAGCUUUGGCCAUUGGGAAGAAUAUUGGUCUGUGUAAUGGGAAAAUGAACGCUAUGUCUGGGGAAGAAUUGGAAAACAUUGAUGACUCGGUGCUGUCUUCAAGAGUCAAAAAUGUUUCCAUCUUCUUCCGAACAAGCCCCAAACACAAAGUUAAAAUAAUAAAGGCUUUGCAAAGGGCAGGGGCCAUCGUGGGCAUGACAGGGGACGGCGUGAACGACGCCGUGGCUUUGAAGUCUGCCGAUAUUGGGAUUGCGAUGGGACGGGCAGGCACGGAUGUCAGCAAGGAGGCUGCCAACAUGAUUCUUGUGGACGACAAUUUCUCAGCAAUCAUACACGCCAUAGAAGAGGGGAAGGGCAUAUUUUACAACAUUAAGAACUUUGUUCGAUUUCAACUCAGCACGAGCAUCUCUGCUCUAAGUUUAAUAGCUCUGUCCACGAUAUUCAAUUUGCCAAAUCCACUCAAUGCUAUGCAGAUCCUAUGGAUCAAUAUCAUCAUGGAUGGUCCCCCAGCUCAAAGUUUGGGUGUUGAGCCAGUAGACAAAGAUGCCAUCAAAAAGCCUCCAAGAAACACCACCGAUACAAUCCUCAGCAAGUCUCUGAUUCUAAAAAUUAUACUUUCGGCAACCAUUAUCAUCGCGGGGACCAUGUACGUCUUUUGGAAGGAGAUUCCAGAACGUGGCAUAACGCCCCGGACAACUACAAUGACUUUCACUUGCUUUGUUUUCUUUGACCUCUUCAACGCCCUGGCUUGUCGAUCUCAGACGAAACUGAUACUAGAAAUCGGCCUUUUCCGAAACCGCAUGUUCUUAUAUUCUGUGCUGGGAUCUAUUUUGGGUCAAAUGGCCGUUAUUUACAUCCCUCCGCUGCAAAAGAUCUUCCAGACAGAGAAUUUAGGCCCGUUGGACCUGUUGUUCCUCACCACCCUCGCGUCUUCUGUCUUCAUCUUCUCGGAACUGGUCAAAACGUGCGAGAAAUAUUGUUGCAGGUCCAAGCCAGAUCACAAACCGCUGGAAAUGGUCUGAUGGCACAGAACGGCGUGAGGGAAAAGACCCUGGGGCAUGGGGCAAAGAGAGGCUGCCAAAGGGACGGUCAAAUAAGAGGCAGCGUAGCCCUCAGCUGGACUGGGAAAGGGGUUCAAAGACACCCUGCCUGGUUUCUUGGGCUGUAAAGGAGGCGGCAGAAGAUCUGUAUGUCCAGGCUUGCAAUGUAGCCUCACAACAAAGUAGAAUUAGCUCAUCGGAUCCUGGUUCCUAUCUGGUUAACCUGGCGUGGCUGGAACCUUGCCCUCAAUUUUUUUCAAGGGAACGGUCGGAUUCUACAAUUCUACAGUGCUACCUUGGGACUAUUUGCGUCUCUUCUACAUCUCUGAUUGCCCCCAACUCUAUCACAGACCGAUCCAUUGUUAUUGUUUUUAAUCACCAACCAUCCGGUCCUGCAAAAAUGAUGCCUGGAUUCUAUCUAGUCAUCCGACAAUUGUGUUCCCCCCCCCUUUCAAAAUUGAGGAAUUGCCUGCUUUUAUUUAUUUUAAGAUGUAAUAAAAACACUUGUUAAUAAA